AUGCCAACAGAAAUAACAAAAACUUAUUCGGGUGCAGAGGUUGUCGCAAAGGCUCUUAAAGACCAAGGUGUCGACGUUGUGUUUGGAAUUGUCGGCAUUCCUGUUGUUGAAGUUGCAGAAGCAAUCAUUUCUGAAGGAAUCAAAUUUAUUGGAUUUAGAAAUGAGCAGUCCCUUAGUUAUGCUGCGGGAGCUUACGGUAUUCACGUAUUAAUCGAUGUCUGUCUAGUAGUAUCUGGUCCCGGAGUUGUACAUGCCUUGGCUGGACUAGUCAAUGCACAAGCCAAUUGCUGGCCUCUACUUCUCAUUGGUGGAUCAUCGGAUACUUAUCAACAAGGAAUGGGUGCCUUUCAAGAACUAGAUCAAAUAACACUUUGCAAGCCUUAUUCCAAAAUAUCUACAAGGCCAUCUUCUAUAUCGCAAAUUCCGAACGUGAUAGACAAAGCAAUCAAAACUAGUAUUUAUGGCCGACCGGGACCUGUUUACAUUGAUCUGCCAGCAAAUUUUAUCCAAGGAUCUAUUACUUAUGAAUCAAUGAAUUUACCAGGCCGUGCGACUGAUUCUCCUAAAUCACUUGCUGAUCCACAGUGUGUGGAAGAAGCCGUUCGAUUGUUACUGAGUGCCAAAAAACCGUUAAUUAUAAUUGGCAAGGGUGCUGCUUAUUCGUGUGCUGAAAAAGAGAUUAAUGAAUUGAUCAAAAAGACUAGAAUUCCUUUCCUCCCUACUCCAAUGGGAAAAGGUGUAGUUUCCGACUCUCAUCCACUAUGCGUAUCAGCAGCACGAUCCAAAGCUAUUGCUAAUGCGGAUGUUAUAAUACUCUUGGGGGCUAGACUUAACUGGAUUCUCCAUUUUGGUGCACCACCUAAAUUCAGCAAAGACGUAAAGUUUAUACAAGUUGAUAUAUUACCCGAAGAACAUAAUAAUAAUCGACGCAUUCAUGUAGCUUUAUUGGGCCAUCUCCCUCUGGUUGUUUCCCAAUUAAUUUCUUGCUUACCAUCAUCAUUCAAUCACCCAUCGAUAUCAGAUUAUAUUCAAUCACUGCGACAAAAAAUAGAUGAAAACGUUGCCAGUACUAACGAAAAGUUUAAAGAUGAUACGAUUCCCAUGAGUUACCAUAGGGCUUUUUGGGAAAUAAAAAAGAGAUUGCCUCAAAAGGAUAUAGUAUUUGUAAGUGAGGGAGCAAAUACGAUGGAUAUUGCAAGGUCAAUUUUUGAUGUGCAUGAACCUCGAUGCCGAUUAGAUGCUGAUGAUGCUAUGGGAGAGGCGUUAAAAGACAACGAAAAAGUUACAGUAAUAAAUGUGAUGAUACAACCAGGUGGUCGGAAGAAACUG